AUGGCCAACCCCCAAACCCCAUCCACCGGUGCCGGCGCCGGCGCCAACAUCCUCACACCAAACACCAACGCCUCCAACCUCAAGCCCAUCACCAAAGUCAGACUCUUGCCCUCCAAGCCCAUCCUCACCCCGCCCACGACAGCAGGCACAACCACCCCGAACCCCGGCACCAAGCCAAAGGCAAUCAAGCUCAAGCUCAAGGCCUCGUCGUCCUCGUCUCCAGCCUCCGCCGCCAGCCGCCGCCGGAAACUCCACCGCCACCAAGACGUCGCGGGCUCCCGUCAGUCUCCCGAGCCCAGGACCCCGGUACACCCAGCCGCAGCGGGGAGCCCAUCGACGACAGACACGGAGUCGACAGAGUCAACGGUCUCGGAGACGCCCACCCCAGAGGCGCCGGCAACGGCACCAGUCAGAACAUACGCCCCGAGAUUCGCAUCCCUCUACGCCACCGCCGCCCGCGUCGACCACUGGCUCAACCAGCAAGUCGCGCUCCACGCGGCCCGCGUAUCCCCCUUCUCCGCCUUCUCUGCGGCGGCGGCGGCGAACGCCGACCCCAAGCUGAAGCCGAGGAUCCUCAUCUCGACGCGGAAUCUCACGUGGAUGGAAGCGAGUAACGGCGUCUGGGUGAAAGUCCCGCUUGCGAGUUGGAAGGAGAAGCAGAUGAGGCCUAUUACCUAG